CAACAAACACAAAACCGUAAGUGUGUUGAAAAAAGAAACCUUCCUCUGUGGUUCGGCGAUAGUGAUACACACCAUGGAGUUAGCUUUGAGCCUGGGUGAUACACCGAAGCCGUUUACAUUUCUUGACAAAACACCGAAGAUGUCUAGCAAGGAUGUCGGGUUCUGCAUGGGCUUAGGAAGUGCUUUCAGCGGAAGAUCUGACGAGAAAAGAGAGACCCGUCAGGGUGAAGAUCGGAGAGAAGUGAUUAGAGAUGAGGGGGAAAGGAGAUUACUUUCUUCAGAUCCACCUGUGCAGCUUGAUCUUUUACCUUUCUCGCCUGUUCCACGCAGCCAGCCGCCAACACAGCUUCGUUUUCCUUGGCUUGCUGAUAACUUGGUGCCCGAACCGGGUCCGUCGGAUGGAACGGGAAAAGGGUUGGAUGUAAACCGCUUCCCGGCGGUUGCUAUUGCGGCGGAAGAGGCUGACGAUGGGACGGCCCUGUCCUCUCCAAACAGUACAGUUUCAUCGUUUCAGAUGGAUUUCUGUGUUAGGAAUGGUGGACGAACGAAGAGAGACUUGGAGGUUGAGACUGAAAGAGCCAGCGAUGAUGACGAAAACGGGUCGACUCGGAAGAAACUCAGACUCACCAAAGAGCAAUCUGCUUUUCUUGAGGAGAGUUUCAAAGAACACAGUACUCUCAACCCAAAGCAAAAGCUUGCUCUGGCAAAACAGUUAAAUCUUCGUCCUCGGCAGGUAGAAGUGUGGUUUCAGAACAGAAGAGCAAGGACGAAGCUAAAGCAGACAGAGGUAGAUUGUGAGUAUUUAAAGAGAUGCUGCGAGACACUGACACAGGAGAAUAGGAAGUUACAAAAGGAACUGCAGGAAUUAAGAGCUCUGAAAACCUCUCAACCUUUCUACAUGCAGCUUCCUGCCACCACUCUCACCAUGUGUCCAUCUUGUGAGCGCGUGGCCACCACCACCACCUCUACUACAGGCUCUUCCGGUGCUACUGCUGGCAACAACAACAACAGCACCACAAACAAAGCGGCCUUGUCACUUGCAAAGGGCAGGUUAUACCAGUUACAACAAGCUCACAUGCACCAGGCCCAACCUCACCAAGCUGCUUCAUGAGAUGUCACUAAUUGUCUUGUGUUCUGCACCGUUUUCCAGUUGUAUAUACUUUUGGCUUUUAGCAUUUUCCUGUUUCCCGUCUCGACCAAUUUGUCUCUAGUGGGGUUUCCUUGUUAAUGGAGUUUUUGAACGGGAUAGAGGGGGUGAUAUAUUUGUUGAUUGACGUGAAAAUACAGAAGAUUUUGUUACCAAA